CUGGCGGCGCAGGCCCCGCCCUCACCGAAGGCUGGUCAAAACAAGAAUAAGAAUCGAAAGUCGAUCCGCAUCAACAGCGAUCAUGUCUGCUGUGGCUAUCCGGACCCGGGAAGGCUGGAAGAGGCACAUCGUCCGUCAGCUGAAGAACCGAGAUCAGAACCAGAACGACGUCUUCCAGGACCUGAUCCGCCUGUAUUCUCGGCUUCUGGAACGAACCAGCUUGGCUAAAAUCCUCCUGGGUCCUGAAAGACGGCCCUCUGCUGAGCGCUGCCAUGACGAUGAGUUGGAGCAAACCACUGGAGAGGUCACACACACACACACACCACGACACACACACGCACCACGACACGCACGCACCACGACACGCACGAUGGUCUGA